AUGGGAUCCCGAGUUCUCGAUCCGACGACGAUUCAAUUAUUCGAAUCCAAUGCGUCGAAUUCGACAAUUCCGACGUUCGACGAGUUACUCAGUUUUGUACAACAACGCUGUCGAGUAUUAGAGAACAUAAAAAAUUCCAGUAAAUCUGAUAUUCCAACGAAACCACACGAAAAAUAUAAUACGCGUAAUAAAACUGUUAUAUCGAAAAAAUCAGUGUUUGCCGCCACCACAUCUACAUCGGUCAAGUCUAAGUCACGAGGUUGUUUGUCAUGCGAUAAGGCUGACCAUAGUAUUUACCGUUGUCCAAAGUUCAACGAUAUGACAGUCGAAAAGCGCCGCGAAUUCGUAGCGGCUAGAAAAUUAUGUUUUUCAUGUAUGAGUCAGUCUCAUAUGCUCAACGCGUGUUCAUCAAUAGGGGUGUGCCGCUCGUGCAGUAGUAAGCGUCACCACUCCUUGCUACAUCUUAAUACCGAUCAGUCAUCGGCCGUGAACAAAACUAAUCAGAGUACCAGCUCAGGUCCUGGUUCAGGUCCUUCCGCCGACAAGUCAAGUUCUUUUUCAGGUGCAGCAUGCACCAACUCCACGGUCGUCCUCGGUACGGCCAUAGUUCACAUCAAGGACGCCUGCGACCAAAUUCAUCCCGUUCGAGUACUUCUCGACAGUGGGUCUCAAAUUUCGGCCAUCUCAAGCGAUUGCUUCGCUCGAUUAGGACUAUCGAAACGCCGUUUUAAAUCCGACGUCCAGUGA